AUGAAGAUAGUUUCGACGAAGGAGCUGGAUGCAGACUUCGUCGUAAGGUUCUUUGACGACGUGGUGGCUGUCCCCACGGAAACGGUUUACGGACUGGCUGCAAGCAUAUACAAUCCCCGUGCCGUAGAGAGACUACUCAAGCUCAAAAGGAGACCUGCUGACAAUCCACUUCCGGUUGCCGUGUCUUCGUAUCGGAUGCUUAAGGAGAUUGUUAAGGAGCCGAUUCCUGAAGAAUACAGGAGACUGAUGGACAUGUUUUGGCCUGGGCCCCUGACUCUUUUGUUCAGGUCGAAAGACUGUGUAAGCUCUGUUAUUAGGAGCGGGCUUGAGAGUGUUGCUGUUAGAAUGCCCAAGAGCAAGCACUUGCUGGAGAUAAUUGAAAGGCUUGGAGCGCCUGUGGUGCUGCCCUCUGCCAAUAUAAGUGGAAGGCCGAGUCCUACAACUGCUGGGCAUGUGGUGGAAGACUUCGGAGAUGAGGUCAAGCUGAUAAUCGACGGAGGCCCGUGUCCCAUUGGACUGGAGUCCACUGUUGUGUCGUAUGCAGAUGGAGGAUUACAAAUCCUAAGGCCCGGAGGGAUAACCGUAGAGGACAUAGAGAGUGUUGCCAACUGCAAGGUGUUCGUAAGGAAUAGAGCCAAUGAUGAGGAGACGGAGCUAUCACCAGGGCAGAAGUAUAAGCAUUAUUCUCCAAGGUCUCCGCUGAUUUUAUUCAAGGGACAACCCGAGGAGGUGAAGAGUGGAAUCCUUGAGUACAUCAGAGCAAACCCGGAUGUCUCCAGAAUAGGAGUUGCUUUGCACUCUGGGAUAGAUCUUGGGGUGCCCGUGGAUGGGAGGAUUAGUGUAUUUAACAUGGGAAGUGACAGAAGAGAAGUGUGUAGAAAUCUUUUUGAGGGGCUUAGAAGCCUCGAUAAGAUCAGCAGUGUAAUUUUGGCUGCUGGAGUAGAUUACGGGGAAGAGGGAGAUGCAAUUAUGAACAGGCUGGAAAAGGCGGCGGACAGCAUUGUUGAGCCAUAA